CCAGAUUCUUGUAUUGAAAAGUUAAUGUAGCAUCAAUAAACACCUCACAAAUAAUUAUGUCUGCUGCUUCCUUGGGUUUUAAACCUGUUUUUAACGCACAAAGAGGCAUGUUAAUGACGUUAAAUCUAAAUAAGAGUGGUAUUAAAAUAGAGGUCCCCGAGGAGUCAUAACACAACUCCAGUGGGGCAGCUUAGCAACUUUUCCUCAUGUGAACAAAUGCUGCCCCUUUUGUUUGUAACAACUCUCGCACGAAUGACUCUAGAUUUAUAUAUAACAUCCCUGUAUAAUUCACAGUUUAACCAUCUUUGUAAAUGGCUAAUGUCUCACGUGCUUUAAGAUAGCCAGAUGAGCUGAACAACCUCCGUUUAGAGAAACAGAGAUUGACGUGGCAGCGGUUUAUGCUAACAGUAUUUCAUAAACUUUUAUAGUCCCAUACUUAUUUUCACUUUAUUCUCUAGUUAUUUAUGUCAGAAAUGAAUGAAAGGUGUGUAACACAACCAAUCUGCGCUACUUAUUUCUGCUACAACUAUUAUACAAUGUGGAAUCUAAAGCAGUUCCUAGGUUUAAAAUGGUGUAACAUUUUCUUUUUUUUUUUUUUUUUUUGAUUAUGGGUGUUUUAAACUGAUAGACAAACACCAGUGGAAUCUGCUCAGAACUAAACUUUCUUUCUUCAAACCGAAGUCAUUCCGAGAGCUAUCUAUAACUGGAAAGAUGUUGAUUUUACUAUAACUUUAACCGGGACACAUGCUUCAAAUGAUCUGAAAUGUCAAUUUAAAACACAUUAAGUGCCCAGAAAUUGCAUCACAUUCACUAUAGUCAACUGUUUUAUUUUGAAGGGCCAGCUUUUAUCUUGGAAAGUUUGUUAAAAUGUUUGAUGGCACAUAUAUGAGUUUAACAGCCCCUGAAUGCUGACACUACAUAAUUUAUUAGGCCUGCCAUUGCUGUCUCAGUGGAACAACGACUGUUCAUCUCUAUCAACCUUCCUGUCAGGUGUGAAUUCAGGGCAGGCUGACACACAGAGACGUGCUUACAGAGGCCAUAAAUAAAAACAUCCAUAAAGCUGAAUUCCUCUGUGACUUUUGGCUGUGGUUAAAGGUUCAUAUCUGUCUUGAAGAGUCAUGCAGCCAAAUUAGGAAAGAUUUUAUUAAAUGGCAGACAUGUCAUUUAAAUUAUUUGAAGUUGAUCCCCUUCAGUCAAGUUCAGAACUCUCUCUGGGUGUUUAACAUAACGUGUGUUCUGGACACACCGGUUCCUUUGCCAAACUCAUUUCCCUUUCAUGAGGGAUUUUAGAAAAUGGGUUUAAGGGACUGUUUGUGCUGAUCUCUAGGACAAGCUCAGUUUUCAGGGCCUUUUUCUUUGUGAAACUGAGAGCCAUCCACCUGGAGGGCUGGCGGCUUGCAUUUAAAACCGUUUCAGCCCAAGUACAGGAGAGGCUGCCUAUCGGGGCAUGCAGACGAUUCCUCUUCCCUUUUCCUCUCCAUAAACCGAACAUGUUAGGAGGUUUUGCGUUGUAUUACCACUGUUACAUGGAAAAACAUCACUGUUUUCUUUGUAUUCUGAGGUAAAGCUCUAAGCACAUUUGUAUAACCAAGGAGUGUUCUCGCCUCCAUUCUGAAAUGUCUUCUAGAUCUGACCUAUUGUUCUUUUGGUCCAUCAGCAUGCUAGGUUACUACUCUGUGGCUGUUGUGUCUUCAGCCUUGUGUAAUUAAGGGUCUUUGCUAGAUUUAGUAUUCAAGUGGACAGCAUUUCUGUCCAACUUGGACAGGAUUGCUGAAAGCCUUGAUUACCAAGCUCAACAAAGCUCUUGUUCUGGACAAAUGUAUACAGUGCAAGUGAUUAUGUAUGAGAUAAUUAAGCAGCAGGCCUGCUUUAACGCUAGGCCUCCCUGGCUUCCAUACAUCGCCAUGCUGAGCCUUUGUGUUUAUGGUAAGUGGGCAGCUGCAUGCCUGUGAGACCUUGGCUGUACCCCAGGCCCUCAAACUGAGCCUGAUAACGACUAUUGAAGCCUCCCAGCCAUGCUCAUUUCUGACUAUUCACUCACUGCUUUAAACGUGGAGCGAGCCUCCCGUCUGACUUGGUUUAAUUUCUGUGAACAUGCGGACAGCUGUGGGCUUGCCAGCUCCCUUCAAUGAGUUUCAUAAAAUUCUUUUCAGUCGCUCAGCCUCAACAGUACUUGGUACCACCUGCUGCCUGUGGGUCCCACAUAAUGGCACCAACAAAGAAAGUUUCUAAAACUUGGUGUUUUUACUAUGAAGUACAGUGCUGUAGAAAAAAGAAGCACUUGUUGGAGACGGUCCUCCAUUAAUGGGUAGACCUUCCUGAUUGCAAAAAAUAUAUAUCGGCACAGGGAUUGAAGCUUUUUAGGAGUCUUUCUUCAACGCCUUCACCCAGCAUUCCUUAUGUGAAAGAUGUGGUAAUGAAGAACAACACAAACCCCUCGGUUUGUUUUCAAGUCUCAGGUGCAGAGCAGAUGCUUCUAUUAUGGAGACAGAGGGACGCAAUCCUGGGAGUGUUAAGAUCAGGACACGAGGCCGGCUGCCCUCCUUUCUAGAAUUUUAAACGAGGACAUCUGAAAAUUCAUGGCAGAACUUUUUUCUGUGAAGUUUUAGUUCAUGCAGACGACAUGUUGUAGCACAAUUAACACUCGUGUUUAUUGUAAAACUAAAUGUUAAAGUAGGCUAUACAAGGUAAAGCAAUCAUAUGAAACUUGUUUCCACCAGCUGUCCCUAAGUGCUAUAAAACAGAUUAGUAUUAGCUUUAAUUGUCAGUCAGACACAAAGCUGCCAAAUCCUUACGUAAUGGUGGCCUAACCCACAGGAUUACAGUCUGAGCAAUGUAUGGAAAAGCUGCUGAAAUUAGAAGACCGUUUUGAGCAUCAAUCGUGGUUCUGUUACCUUUUUGGGAUGUCUGCACUCUUUCAUCACUUGAGUACAGAACUAAAUGACUCUCAAAGGGGCACAGCUGUGUCACGUAUAUAAAACGGCUCAUUAGGGUCUGUGUAUGUUAGCUGAGUUAGUGACAGAGCAGACCCGUACCCUGACUUGACCAAACAGACGCCACGGUUUCCUCCUCGCAUUCUAUCUUCGUUGUGCAGCCUGAUCUUUUGAUGUUUCUGGCAAACCAAAACGACGACGAGUGCAAAGUGUUCAGUGACCACAAAGGAAGCUCAUCAGCUCAUCCAGGGCUGCACCAUCACCAUCGUCUAAGACGGAUGCCAGCGUGCACUUUGCUGUUUACAUGUGAUGUGAAGCCACGUCUGAGUGAAAUGUUCUUCUGAGAGAUUAGAGGUCUCGGUUGUCAUGGCGGCUGCUGCCUCAGCUCAGAUAAAGGCCUAUCGGCCUCCAGAAGCAAAGACUCCCCACGAUUCCUGAUAAUAGCAGCAUGGUUUUGGAGCUGAUCUGGGUUUGGACCUCAGAGGAGGAGUGGUACCCUUCAGCCAGAAAUUCUAGACGCCUAAUUUGGCAGAUUUUUGCUGGUUUUGCUCGACACAGCUGUGCAUGCGGUUCAAGGAUCGGCCCAGAGACUGCAGCACAUUCCUGGAGAGGCUGAGAGCUGCUGUCUGAAGUUGAUGAGAAACCAGCCUUGCUCACGCCACACCCGUCAAGAUGGCCUUCAGUUCAAGUUACUGGAAUAACCUGGGACAAGGAUGUGUGUUGCUAUGGUGAUCAUUUACAAGAAAACACUGGAAAAAAAGGGCGGUGAUGAUGUAAGAUCCACUCGUACGGACCUGGGCACGUUCAAGGCACAGACCAUGAGCCAGGGAGCAGCACUAUUCUCUUGUGGACUCAUGGGGACAAGCCGGUGGCGUGAGGUGGGGAACAGCUGUGGCUUACAGCUGCAGCCAGUCAGAACUAGCCUGGAGAGCCUGUGGGACGUCCUGCCUGAGGUGCACAGGAGUUCUGCCCACUGGGACUGGGACGUGGGCUCCACUUCCAGCACCAUCACCAGCUUGUUGCAGGACCUCAACCUGACUGAGGCGUCCUCCCACUCCACUGCGCCCCCCAGCAAACGGCAGUGCCGGUCUCUGUCUUGCUCGGAUGAGCUUGGCAGUUGCCGCUCCACCUGGCGCCCACAGGGCUCCCGCGUGUGGACAGCCGUGGAGAAGAGGCGGUGCCACAGCGGAGGCAGCGUCCAGCACAGCACUCUAGGAAACGCUCAGCUCGGUUUUCCAGUGAUGCAGCGCAGCUCUAGCUUCAGCCUGCCUGCUCGCUCCAACACCUUGGAGCCACCGGGCUUCACCCAGCACUUGCAUCGCCCGUCUGCCUUCACUGGCCUCACACCCUCCUCCCCAGUGCGCCUCUCAUCUGAGCCUUCGGCCCAGUCCCUCUACCUCUCUCAUGAACAAAUUAGCCUCUCUGAGGUUCCAGGAGGACCUUCCCCACCCAGCUCUCUCAACUCCACUCCAGAGCUCAAGCGGCGUGGUGGACAGGGUGGCCUCGCCCGUAGUCGCUCACAGCCAUGCGUCCUCAACGACAAGAAGAUUGGCGUGAAGCGCAGGAGACCAGCUGACUCGCACAAACAGAGGCCUUCACUGGAUCUGGCAAAGAUGACCCAGAAACUUCGGAAUUUCCACAGCCUUAGUUGCCCUGGAAUCACAGGCAACAACCUCAACGAGUCUGGCCAGGCGGCGCCCACUCUCAGGUGCACCACGCAGUGCAACAGCGACGACUUGUCUGAAAACGAAGACAGCUUGGAGGACACUUGGUCUUGGUCCAAAGAAGGUGACUUCACCAGGAACAAGUUUUCAGACGCCACGACGGAAGAGGUGGACUGGAACCCCACGGAUCGCAGCGACGGAACAACCGGAACGACCAACGGGAAGGACGGUGAGCCUCUGUGGGCGGGGCUGUGUAGCAUGAGGAGGGACGCGCAUCAGCUGGGAGGCGAGCUCGACAUCGAGCAAAUUGAGAGGAACUGAGCCGCUUUCCUCCCAGGAGAAGCUAAAUUAGGGGAGUGGAAGUUUAUCGCCAGGUGGUACAAUAAACAGUGCUGAUAGUCUUAAGGACAAAGCAAGUGAGGAGCUCAGGCACAGAGCAUUCCAAGUCUAAGGAUAGACGGAAUCGGAGCUUUGUGCUUUAAAUGUCUGUUUGGAGACUUUUUAGAAGAAACUCCCUCAAUGGACAGAUUCUCAGCUGUGUCUCAGGAGAAAAUGGAAGUCAGGGAAGACGGAUAUGAGUGGAAAUACAACUGAUCAGUUGAAAAAUCUUAUAAAGUCACUCUUUAACCCUGAUUAGCCUACUUGUGCUUUGUUGGAAGAGAAUUCACAGCAGGCUUGUAUAAAUUCUCUACACUUGAAAGUGUCUUUUCCUCUGACGUUCUUCACAAGCGCAUAGGUACAUGAUGGAGAGGAGUAGACACCACUUAAAGAGCUACACACACACACACACACACACACACACACACACACACACACACACACACACACACACACACACACACACACACACACACACACACACACACACACACACACACAAAACACCAAUAAAAAUACUGAAGAGCUUAACAUUUUACAUUUCAGGCUAUGCAGUAAGAUCUACUCUCCUGAAUGUCUGGAAGAUACUUUGAGAUGCUAACAGCGUUAAUAUUCAUUCUUUUUACAAUUUGUAACUAUGACGCUAUGUAAAAACAUGAUUUCUAUAAAGAAUAAAUGCAGGUUUAAAAGUGU